UCGUACAGUUACGUGAGUUGAAUCAUGGGAAAGUUUCAAGAUUUGGCAGCUCUUUCUCAACAAAAAAUGGUGGCUGUCUUAGAAAGUGUUUGGGCGAGUACCGAGUGUGCGGUGUUUUUAUUUUGGUGAGUGUAAAUUAAAGCUCAUACAUAUGUUUGAAUUAAAUAAACAUCGUUAUAUUAGCUACAGUAAAUAUGCUUUGGGUAAACAAAGCAUCUGUACUCAUAGUUUGGAUAAAACUGCAACUAUUAUUUCCAUGUAUAUUAAUGGGAGACAGCAUGCAAAAAUUUUAAUUGGAACCGCAUUUAUACAUCUGUUUUAAAUAAAUCAUUAAUAAAAACACUUUAUAUCAAGUGCACAUCACUAAUGUAGGCUUCGAUCUUUUUUGUACACAACAGAGCUUUUUUAAUGACAUUCUUUUUACAAUAGAGUGUUAAAGUGGUCCACCUACUAUUAAUACAGUGUUGUAAUUAGCUUCAAGAACUAAAUUUAAUGCUACCAAAGUAAAAUCUAUUACACGAAAAUGUGGAAUAUGAUGUGUGACGUGAUGCCUACCAUUUCGGAGGACAGUAUAUCGCAGCGGAGUGGUCAAUUUACCAAUGAUGAAUCCAAUUUCGAGCAACUAAUGGUGAAUAUGCUGGACGAACGGGAUAAGCUUAUGGAAAAUUUAAGAGAAACGCAAGAGAGUAUGCAAGAAAUCCAAUCUAAACUCUCAGAAGUUGAAAGGGAAAGAGAUUCACUUCAAAGGCAGCUGCAAGCAAAUCUACCUCAGGAAUUUGCUACUUUAACAAAAGAAUUAAAUCAAUCAAGAGAACAUUUAUUAGAAAAGGAAGAAGAAAUUCAAGAGCUCAAAGCGGAACGAAACAAUACUAGGUUGCUUUUGGAACAUUUGGAGUGCCUUGUUUCACGUCAUGAACGUUCUUUGAGAAUGACUGUUGUCAAAAGGCAAGCCCAGUCCCCUGCUGGGGUGUCUUCUGAAGUUGAAGUUCUAAAAGCUCUAAAAUCUCUAUUUGAACAUCAUAAAGCUUUAGAUGAAAAGGUACGAGAAAGAUUAAGAGUUGCAUUAGACAGAGUUACAUCUUUAGAAGAAGAAUUAAAUAAAGCGAAUGAAGAGCUUACUCAAUACAAAACCAAAAGUAUAACAUUAGAUUUAAAAGAAGAAAAAAAACCAUCUGUUGAUGAGGGAACAACUCAACAUAUUUCAAAGGUUUCUAAUGGAACAGCAGAGGCUGCUGCUGAAGCAGCUCGUGUUGUUGAGCUGCAAGAAACUCUUGAAAAAGUAAAUUCUGAGGUAACCACAUCAAGAAGUAAAAUUGCUGAACUUAGUGCCAAAAUUAGGGAGCAAGAAGAUGGAAUAGCUGCUGCUCAAAAAGAAAUAGCUAAAAUGCAAGAAGAAAAUGCCAGACUUUCUAGGGAUCUUAAAGAAAAUAAUGCGCAAAAAGAAGACCAAGAAGAAAGAAUAUCUACUUUGGAGAAACGAUACUUAAAUGCUCAAAGGGAAUCAACAUCCUUGCAUGAUCUAAAUGAGAAAUUAGAACAAGAACUUUCCAAUAAAGAAGCUCAGCUAAAACUGAAUGAAGAAAAAUGUAGAGCGUUACAAGAACGAUUAGAAUUAGCAGAACAAAAAUUAGCCCAAUUUUCACGAAAAGCAGAAGCUGCUGCUGGAGAAGCAUUAGCUCAGGUACAAGAUCGCCAUGGUAGUGUAGAAGACCGAAUUCAAAGGUUAGAACAACAACUUGAAGAAAAAGGCAGUGAAUUAAUUAGGUCAAGACAACGUGAAAAAAUGAAUGAGGAACAUAACCAAAGAUUAUCAUCUACUGUAGAUAAAUUAUUAGCUGAAUCCAAUGAACGUCUUCAACUUCACUUGAAAGAGCGAAUGCAUGCUUUAGAAGAAAAAAAUUCAUUAGCUCAAGAGCUUGAAAGGACAAGAAAAUUGUUAGAAGAUACUUCAAUUGAAAAAGAUAAGAUUUUGAGUGAAUUAGGAAAAAUAAAAAUUGAAAUGGAAAACCUGAGACGUGAUCAUCAAGCAUUUAAAGCUGAAAGCCUGGCAAGGUUGAGCUCUACUCGUGUUCUUCCACAAACAUCUCCUCAAUUCCCAACACGCACAGCUCUGUCUCCAGCUGCCAUUGUCACAAGUACCAUAUCUCCCAACAGAACUCCUGCUAUUGAUACUUCUGAUGCAUUUCAUAUAGUCAGUGGUAUUGAUUACAUUUCACCUAAUGCUUCUAUUAACCGAAGAUUACAGAGAGGCAGGCAAGCUGCUUUAGAAGAAGACGCUACCAAAGUUCAGACUCUAAAUGAGCAAGAGUGGGAAAAAAUGGAGCAAGCUCAAGUUUUAGCUAAUGUCCAACAUGCCUUUGAUGCUAGUGAUACAGAAUGUAGUCAAACUGAUGAUAAUGAGAGUAUAUUUGAAUCCAUGGAUAUGCUUUCACCAUCAGCUCAUACUGAUGCUCAAACAUUAGCUCUUAUGUUGCAGGAGCAGCUAGAUGCCAUAAAUAAUGAAAUUAGGCUAAUACAAGAAGAAAAGCAUACAACAGAACAGAGAGCUGAAGAGCUUGAGUCAAGGGUAGGAAGUAUAGAAACUAUUAGCCUAUUAGCUAGAGGACGAUCAUUUGAAAGAAGUUCUCCCCCACAAAGUGGUAGAUCUACUCCCAAAUCACAUCACAGUCCUCAAAGAGACUAUGUACAAAAAUAUCCUCCAAUUAGUCAGAUGGAUGGUAAAGAAGAUAAUAGGUUAAUAUUAAGAAGAGAUCCUAGUCCUCCUACACCUCGUUCUGUACGGCUAGAAAGAGUAGCUAGAGCAUUGGCAGAAAGUUCUGAAGAGUUGCGAAGAAGCGUUGGUUAUAACAUUCCACAGUCUUCUCUUGGUAUAUCGUCCAUGUCAUCCCCCAUGCCUUUUUCGUCUCAAGAUAUGUUCCUUGGUUAUCCCGAUUUGGUUCCUGAAAUAUCUCAAUCCCGGUUAUUGCUUGAUGGAACCUCCCAUAGUUCCCCUUCCUCCUCUCAUAGUUCUACAUCUGAGGAUUCUUUGAAUAGGACGCCACAAAGAAAAAAAGGUAUCAAGUCUUCUUUUGGGCGCCUCUUCAGCAGUAAGAAGGAUAAAGUCAAGAUCAAAGAAGGUUAUGGUGUUACUUCACCAGGUGUUUCAUAUAUUGAUGCUGAAGCAACUGUUCAGGAGUCUGUUGGCAUGACUGGUGGAAUAGGACAAAAAUCGGAUCAUGAUCGUAGAACCAAGAAAAAACAUGAAUUGUUAGGAGAAUCUAUGAAAGCAGGGACACCAUUUGCUCUAUGGAAUGGCCCUACAAUAGUUGCUUGGCUAGAGUUGUGGGUUGGUAUGCCUGCCUGGUAUGUUGCAGCCUGUCGGGCAAAUGUAAAAAGUGGUGCCAUUAUGUCUGCCUUAUCAGAUUCUGAAAUACAGAGGGAAAUAGGAAUAAGUAAUCCAUUACAUCGUCUGAAACUACGAUUAGCAAUCCAAGAAAUGGUUGCAUUGACUAGUCCAUCUGCUCCAAAACCCUCUAGAACAAGUUUAGCAUUUGGGGAAAUGAAUCAUGAAUGGAUUGGAAAUGAAUGGUUACCUAGUUUAGGAUUAGCACAAUAUAGAUCAACUUUUAUGGAAUGUCUUGUUGAUGCUAGAAUGUUAGACCACUUAACAAAGCGAGACUUACGUCAGCAUUUAAAAAUGGUUGAUGGUUUUCAUAGGACAAGUCUACAAUAUGGUAUAAAUUGCUUAAAAAGGUUAAAUUAUAAUAGAGAAGCUUUAGAAGACAGAAGAAAACUUAGUGAGCAUGAAAUCAAAGAUGUUUUAGUCUGGUCUAAUGACAGAGUUAUAAAAUGGCUUGAUAGUAUUGGACUUCGAGACUAUUCUGCUUAUUUAAUGGAUAGUGGGGUUCAUGGAUCUGUGAUAGCCUUGGAUGAAAGUUUUGACCACGCAGCUUUGGGAUUGGCACUACAGAUACCUACUCAAAAUACUCAGGUUAGGCAAAUUUUACAAAGAGAAUUCAACAACCUUUUGUUAAAAGGCACUGAAAGAAGACCAGAUGAGGAAAGACAACUUGCAUAUUCUUGAUAUUUAGCCAUUACCUCUUUGAUGUUGCUGUCUCAUUUUGGGCUGCAUUUAUUGCUGCAUGCAUAUUGUGCCUCAAUUCCAAUCAUUAUGUAACAAUGUGACGGCACUGUUACCAUUUACAGGCGGCCAAACACCCUACCCAUACAGUGGCAGUACAUCACAGUGUGCAAGGUGAUCGCCUUGUUUGAAGAAGAACAUAAAUAAUGAUAAUUCAAAAACUGUAAAAUAUAUUCUGGUCAACAGUUAUUUCGAGCAGCUGGCUGCUAUAUGUCUAAUGCAUGUAUGUAUGUACAAAGGACAUUACCGUGUAAUCGGACAGAAACACAAGGGCUGUGCAAUUUCUACCUAAACGUGUAGAGUGCCGGCAUUCAAAGCAUGGAGUGAUUGUAGAUUUUGUUUUUUAUUUGUGGUGCCUAUCGAAGCUCCAAGAUAUGCCAAAAGAUAAACCAAAGAACACGGCAAAAAGAUACCUCUGAAAGUUUUCCAAGUUCCCUUUAUGUGAUUUUUUAUUUAUUAUUGUAUUUGCAUGGGAGAAAGAAAAAAAAAACUAAAAAUAAUUAAGAUCGGAAUCAAGGGGAUGGCAACUACUAAGUUGUUUUCUACCGUAACAAUGGAAUUUCAUUUUCCACUGGGAAAAGUCUUAAGAAAGAGCAUUGUUACAUAUAUUGUUAUGUCUUAUAUUUUCUAUGUAUACUGGACUAACUAAAUAUUAUUUAAAUAGUUGUUUUAUUGUAAGCAUUGAAAUUUUAGCAUGUGUGUAUGUUCCCUAUAUGAGUUAAUUUGUUUUAGUAUUCAACAAAACUUGUGAUUUCAAGGGUUUCCAAUUUUUAUACAAAAAAGUUUGUGUGCUUACUCAAUUCAACGUUUCUCAAUUUUGUAUGCACAAUAGUUGAUUUUAAAUUAAAUCUAACAAUAAAUCAAUUAUGUUUAAAUUUUUUUAAAAAGCAACAUGAUAGUCAAUCAGAAUGUUUAAAGUGGUAAAAUUCUAUUUAAAUAAAUAAUUACACAAUUAGGUAUGGAAAUAAUUAUAUUAAUGACAGUAUCUUAUCAGUUUUUCAAAUACUUGUCAAUUUAGAUAGUUGUAUUCAUUUAUAUAAACACGAAUUUAAUGCUCGAUAAGAUUUAACACCUUAAAAACUAUGUUAAACUUUAAUUAAUCGAACAAUGAAAAUCUUUUGUCUCCUUCAGACAAAAAUAUGUAUGUUGGCAUCCCCUCAACUUGUAUGUUACUUAAAUUAUUUUUAAUAUGUACUGUAUUAUACCCUAUAAUAAAAGCAGCUAUAUAUUAAAGUUAAUUAUUUCACAAAUUUGUGUAUCAAAUGUGCAUAUUAUUUUUAAUGAAUCUUUUUCUUACUCAUCAUCAUUAUUCUUAAGGAACAAAUUGAAUACAGCUAUUUACUUUAAUCUAGGUGUCCCAGUUAUGAAAGGUUUUUUUAGAUAAUUAUAUCAACAUAGUUCACCUUUAUUGUAAAUAUGUUUUACUAUUAAAGUUCAUUUUAGAUGUUAUUUGGUCAUGCAAAGUAAACAAAACUUAAUUUCUUGAGGUUCAUUAUUUAUUUUUACCCCACUCUUUUUUAAAAAUUCGCUUUUUUGUUUUUGUCUUAGCAAAACUCAUUAAUAAUUUUGAAAUUGUUAAAUAUUUAUAAAAUUAUUUUUCACUUUGACUUCAGUCAAAUAAUAAACUGCUAAAUUUUAUAAUUCUAAAUAAGUGUUUUUCAUUGAAAAUACUAAGUACAUUUGCUAAAGCUUUAUUUUGACUGAAUUAGUAUUUUCGGAAUAAAAGUCAAAUGUUCAUUUUAGUAUUAAUUUUUUUUUAUUGGCUUUUUUUAACUAAUGUUGUAUAAUAAAAUUAGUGAAAUCUUAUUUUCACUUUUUUUUCUUACAAAAAUGCUAAAAACUUGUUUAACCUGCUGCAGUUUUAUUUAAGCUUAUUGUAAUUUGAUUUUAUGAUUUAUUAAAUUAAAUCAUACAUAUAGUUUUAUCAAAGAUAGAAUAAUAUUUUUUUAAAAAAUCUUCUGAAAGAAUCAAAGUAUGCCUAGCUUAAUAUGAUUUUUUUUAACAAUUGUAAAUUCAUUUUUAUUCACAAAACUUACUGCAUAUUAAAAAGUAAGCAUCUAUCAAACUUAGCUCAAGAAGCUGGUUAAUUACUUUUAUUAUGUGUGUAAAAACGAAGAAAUAAAUGACUUUACUCAAAGAUUUAAAUUACUCUUUAAAGUAAAGAAAGAAAAUAAAUCAUGAUAAAAUUAAAACACAAUAUGUAAAUAUUUUCUGAAAGCUACUGUUUUUUUCCUAAUUGUUUCAGUUUUCAUAUUUCUUCAGUGAUGUUUUAAUACUUUAAGAAUUUUGAAAAUUUCAAUAUGUAAUUUUUCAAAAGUUAUUUCUAAUUGUUUAACUUUGUAAUUUUAGCCCAUUGACAGUGAAUGCUAUCAAAUUUGUUAUAAGAAGUAAUUAUUUAUAGCAAAUAAUUCUCUUAUUCGUCACAAAAUAUAUUUUGCCUUUCUUUUUACUUUAUUAGAAAGUCAUAUUUUCACACAUAUUAGCCAAAUUAUUAAAUUAGGAUAUUUAAAGCUUCAUACACAAAUUACACCACCAGGUGUCUGACAUACACAUAAUGGCAGUCUGUUUGUUUAUCAUGAGUGAUUAAAAGCUUUUUUUGUUUAGUCAUAAUGGAAAGGUGAAGUAUGCAAAACAGAUAAAAUUAGCUUAAAAUGCUUUGUUGGUUAAAUUUAUAUUAAUCUGAGCAAUUUAGGGAGGAAAAAAAAUUCUUUUUUAACAAAUUUUUUAUUUUUACUGUUAUGCUAAAAUUAAUGCCUCUCAAAAACCUACUUGUUAAUAAAAACCUGUUAUAUUAAAAUUGCCAUCGUGAAAAAGUGUUUUUUGAUAUUUUUUUAUAGUAUGAUAUAUAUUUUGAUUGUAUAAACUGUUCCUGUUAUAAACAAUUAAAUCAUAGAUAUUGUAUAUUUUUUAUAUCUGCUUAAAAUUUAUUUAUUGGCUAAGUAAUGAAAUUCUUCUUUAAUUUGCUGUAUGAAAAAAAAGCAACUGAAAUUGUGCAUUUGUGAACAGAAAUUUGCAAUACUAAUUACAUAUUGAAAAUAGUGCAACUGUAAAAUAUUAAAUAAACAUUAAUGAAAUAGUCAAUUUUUAAAUAUGAUUUAUCAUGUUACUAAGUGUGUGAUAUUAAGCAAACGCUACCCGAAUUCUUAUCUGCACAUUAGAUUAACUCUCAUUGUAAAAGUUAAUUUAAAAUGUAAUAAAUUUUUUCUGUUGCAUUUAUAGAUAGUGGGAUGACCAAUAUCGAUGGUUUAUUAAUUAAUAACCCGAAUUCUUAUCUGCACAUUAGAUUAACUCUCAUUGUAAAAGUUAAUUUAAAAUGUAAUCAAUUUUUUCUGUUACAUUUAUUGAUAGUGGGAUGACCAAUAUCGAUGAUUUAUUAAUUUAAUAACAAGUCGCCAGCUGUAUUUGUCUUUUAUAAUUAUAUACUGUAUAUCUAUUAUAUAUUGCUUUAUAUCUAAAUUUUAUGUCUUGAAUAGUUAAACCAUGUUGUAGCCAAUACAGGAAAUUUGCAAAAAUAUAUAGUCCUGAAUUUCUAGACUAAAAAAGCGGGCUAAUUACAAAAUAUUUAUAAAUGAAUUAGAAAUAAAGAUGCUUCAUUGGCAGGCAUUUUUUUAAUGAUUUAAUUAAUAUCAAAUCCUUUAGCUUUAAAAUUUUCUCUGAAAAUAAUCAAAUGUAAAGCGGACCAUGACAAGUAGAUAACUUUGUACUUGAUUUUGAUUUUAAACCAACUUUUGUUCAUAGCUUGUUAUUGAUGGAUCAAAUAUUUGCAAAGACCUCUUAAUAAACCUCUUCUAAAUAUGAAUAACUUCCAAAUAUUCCCUAUAAAUGAAUGUACUCAAAUGAAACUUGAUCAUGCUCCUGUAUGGAACUUAACAUUGUCUUUAUUAUGGUUUUACAUUAUUUUAUACUCUUGUCAAUUUUUAUUUUUAAGCAUUUUAAUGCAAUGAGAGGUUAUAAAUAUUUCUUUACUUCAAAAACAAAUUUCUCCUCUCUCUUAAUACUAAAAUUUACUACAAAUGAAGAUUAGAUUAUUGUUGUAAUUUUAGCUAUGUUAUGACUACAGCAAACAUAGUGACUACAAUAUAACUAUUUUUAGAUUAAUUUUUCAGUUGCUUAUUGUUUUAUUCAUAUAGUAGUAAAUUAAAUAAGUUGAUAGUGUAAAUCAAAUUAUUUUAAAUUAAUAAGCUUGGAAAAAAUAAGCACUAAAUAUAAUCUUCUGUACAUUAACAGUUAACCAAGAAAAAUGUAAUUUAACAGCCAUUCUUUUUCUUUUAUAUAUUGAUAACACUCUAUUUUAGUUAUAGCAAAUUAAUCUACGUUGAAUUUUGUUUCAAAAUAUUGUUUAUGUACAACCAGAGGGUUGUAACUCAUCUCAUAACCAACUAUCAAAUUCUUAUUGUAUUGGUUUAAUAUGUGCAUUAAAUUUUCAUAUUUAUAUUGCAUUGUUUUUGAACUGUUGUGAUGAACUAAUGUGCGAUUUUGAAACAGAUAUACCCACUGCCAAAUCUCAUAUUUAAAAGAGCAUUGAAAUGCAAAGAUUUGAAAGAAACCACACAUUCCCCAAUUCCCAAGGGAUCGAAAAACUCUGUGCUUUUUCUUGUCAUUCCCAUGUGUUAAAAGUGUUGCACAAACUUCAUUUCAUGCAUAUCAUGCUCUGUUUGUUGCCUUUAUAUCUGAAAAGAGAAAUAGUAGUUUUAGUAAUAUUAAAAGUUUGAUUGCUGUUAAGAAAUUUGCUUUGCACACUUUGCCAAUUAAUUGUAAGUUGUUUAAGUGUAAAAUGAAUAAUGAUAUUUAUGAUGCUGAAUCAAAAAAAUUUUUAUUCCAGCUUUAACUCAUUCGAAUAAAAGAAAAAAUAUCAAUCUAAAUAAAAUAUAAUUUAUGGGAUUGAAUUCAUAUUUAUGUGUGUGUAUAUAUAUAUAAUGUUCAGAUCUAGAAAAAGUUAACUAAAAUGUAUCACUAUAUUUUUCGAGAAGGGAUAAAUAAUAAUAGACUAUAUUCAAAUCAAAAAAUCCCUUUUCUCUACAAAUGAAGAAAUAGCUCCUAUUAAAAUCUCAUAUUAUUUUUGGGAAAUUUUAACUAUCGAGAUAAAUCAGGUAUAACAAAGGUUAGCAAAUUAGUUAAUUUCUUUAACAACUGAAUUGUCAAUGUUGAAAUAAGAUUUUCUUUUCCUUUUAACAUAACGCAAUUUAUUUACAUGUUUUAAUUAUAAUAUUUGUGAAUAUUAAUGUGUUUAGGAAGAAAGACUUAAAAUAUUUGUUGCAUAUAUAUGAAACUUCAUUAAUAAAUUAGAGAUUAUUUUAUGUUAGUAUGAAAUCGUAAUAUAUAAUUCAAUUUGUAGUAUAAUCUUUGCGAAAAAUUUUAUUCUUGCUGAAGGCCAUAUAAGUUAAAACUAUUUGCAAAUUAAUUUUUGUAAAUAUUUCCAAAAUAAAAGAAAGAGAUUUACAUUUGCCACCUAAAUUUUCAUUCUAGAUUCAUUGUUAUAUUUAGAUGCAAUUUGUAGCUUUCAUAUCAUAUUACAUUAUUAAAUGGAUAUCAUUAUACAUCAUGGUGGAACUGUAAACCUCAAUAAAUGUGAAUGGAAUUUUAAAAUAAAUCAAAAUAGUUUUAAGCAUAAACCUUAACAAUAAAUGUUAUUGCGAUUAAGCUAACAGAUGAGAAAAUUUUACAAAACAAAAUAAUUAUCGUAAUAGAAAAUACCUAAUUUUUAUUUAUCCUAAUGCUUCUAACAAAUCAUUUAUAGAUUUCAUGUCACUUAAAUUGCACAAAAUGUCUUAUUUAAAACCACGAUCGGCAACUAAUUAAUUUGAAGGAAAAAAUUAUAACUAUAACAUUCUUUAUAUUGUCAUUGUUUGUUAAAUUCUAUGAAACUCAAGGAUGAACACACUCGACUCUUUUCAAGCACUUAAGCCUCAUUUUAUAGAGGGACUACUCUUAAUCUUUUAACAACUAUGUUAACCACUUAAUUUUGACUCUGGGAUAAAAUAGCUAGUACAGAAAGGCAUUCAUUAUUUAAACUUGAUAUCCUAUAGUUGAUAAGUGACUGUAGUUUUGUCAUAUAACUGUCAAAGUACUCUGAAUGUACACUUAAUUGGCAUUUGUUCAAAGCAAGUUUUUGUCUCGUAGAAGUUGUAUGAAAGUUGAAUCACCCUCAUUCGAGUGAAGAGAGCGCCUAUCAUCUUAUGCUAAUUAUUUGUAUGUAUGUUGCGUGAUAAGGCUCGCCUUCUUUUCCUAACUAAUGACCAAGUGCUUCAUCAUCACAGUCAUCUUUGUUGUACAAAUAAGAAAAGAGCCUGUCUCCUUAAAGUGGCAGUGUAUUAUAGAAAGCAAUAGAAGAAAUUCACUAUAAA